GUCUCCACCACCACACAGUCUACAACAGGACCACUUCCUUGAGGCUUGACGUCGAGGACGGGGAGGAGCGCGGAGGAGGAAGAAGAAGAAGAAGAAAGUUACCACAAGCAUUUACAUAGGCAACCUACUCGGUGUGUAGAACCCCUGAGCAAGACUUGCCCGCUGUACCUACUCCCACCCAGACCACCCCCUUGGACGCUUGGAACACCACGUCGCUGUGAUUGAUUGAUUGAUUGCUGGAUUUUUCCCCCGCCAUCGAAUUGUUGCACGUUCAAACACCAGUCACCGACAACAGUAGCAGCAACAGGCUCGAGCUCCAAGAGCAACAACAACCACGUCAGCAGCCCCAAAAAAAUAAUCAUUGGCUUGCUCACACAGCACAUACCAACGGAAUCGCUUCGCUUGCUGUCUACCUUUGUGUACUUGCUUGCCUGACCUGUUACUCGGUCGUCCCGACGGUCAUCCUGAUCACUUGCUGCUUCACGCUCAUACUUUGAUCACCACUACUACUCCAACUACUACUACUACUACGACGACGACGACUGCACCAUGGACGGCACGCCCCCCAGCCCUGCCACCAUUCAGGUCCAGAUCGCACCAGGCGAGCGGCUCGCCGAGCUAGCGUUUCUGGCGGUUCUUGGCCGUCUGCUACUGGCUUGCGUCCUUGGCGCAGCCAUCGGACUCCAGCGCGAGCUGGCGCGCAACACGGCUGGCCUGAGAACGCAUCUACUAGUCUCACUCGGCUCAUGUCUUAUCAUGCUCACGUCGCAGCAUGGAUUUAACGAGGAUCCGCGGACCGGUGAUCCAGCACGGAUGGCAGCUCAGGUUGUGUCAGGCAUUGGCUUUCUCGGUGCCGGCGCCAUCAUUCGGCGCGGCCCUGUGGUGCGCGGCCUGACAACUGCUGCGUCGCUCUGGGUCUCAGCUGGCCUCGGCCUGGCAGUCGGCACAGGCUACUGGAUCGCCGCCCUCCUCACCACCACACUCACCAUUGUCUCGCUUGUGGUACUCAAGGCCAUCGAGCGGUCGUUUAUUUCGCCGCGCGAGACCCGCGUGGUCUCGAUGCACGACGUGACGUGGGACCAGGUCCAGGCUUGCAUCAACCAAAUGCGCAAAGAGUCAAUUGUCAUUCUCUCCAUCAAGUCAGCGUCGUCGGACACCCCGGUGGCUGAGGACGCAACACCGCUGGUUAACGUCGACCUCGUUGUCCGCCUGCCCAAGUCGGCGUCAGGUUCGCACAUGGUCGACACUCUCUCCACCAUCAUUGUCUCGUCCAUCCCGCAGCUCGAGCAUGCGCCGCAGGCGCCCUCAGUUGCAGCCAUGGCCGAAGAGGGCGAUGGCACGUCUGACGACUCGCGCGCCCGCAAGCCCAUUGCUUUCCGCCGUGCCCGUGCCGCCAUCCCCAUGCCUUCAGUCUCAGUCGAGACCGUCAAGGGCGCCGCCAACGACCGCCGCCGCCGCAAGUCGCAGCCAAACAACGUCUCGCACUCGCGCUCGGUCUCGCGCUGCCCCUCGCCCGACGGCCGUAAGCUGGUCGAUGCCAUCCGCGCUCUCGAGCGCUCACAGAGCCCGCCGCGCGCCGCGCGAAGCCCGGGUGUCCCCGGAACCGGCGCCACCAUCGCCAUCUCUGACCCGGUCCGUGUUGUCACCAAUCCGCCGGCCAUCUCGCUCGAGGGCUCGCCCGAGGUCUCGAGUCUCGAGCUCGAGUUCGAAGACGAGGAGUUCUCCUACAUGUCGUACUCGGACUACAUGUAGUCGCAGGACCUUAAACCCAUGGAACACUGAGCAUCUUGUCAGGUCUUACAAUGAACUCGACGCGUGGAGAACA